AUGCGGGACUACAUUGCAACAUAUCUAAAAACCUGUCUUAUUUGUCAACAAGAUAAGGCAGAUCAUCAGAAAAAGGUGGGCUUGCUGGAGCCCCUUUCCAUCCCAACCCGGCCAUUCAAAAGUGUAUUGAUGAACUACAUUAUUGGGUUGCCAAAAGUUGAAGAUUUUAGCACUAUCAUUGUCAUGGUGAACCGUCUAUCAAAAUAUGCAACUUUCAUUGCAGCACCUAAGUAUAUAACUGCGGAAGAGACAGCUCAACUCUUCUUCAAACAUAUUCAACCGCUACUCCCUCAUAUAGUGGAUAUCGAACGAAGUACCAAGUCCCCUCAAGCAAAGAACUUUUCUCAAGAGUGGAAACGAAAUAUUGAAAUUGCUCGGAGUUAUCUUGAGAAAGCUCAAAAACGGUAUAAAAAGGCUGCAGAUCUAAAGCGCCAUUUCAUUGAAUUCAAUGUUGGAGAUCUGGUAUUGAUUAAGCUUCCCGAUAGAAAUGUUUACAAACCAACAAGAGGGAAGGACUCAAAAUUGUCGCCAAAAUACAUUGGACCACUACCCAUCGUGAAGAGGAUUGGAAGAGUCGCAUACAUAGUUGAACUCCCUUCAUGGAGCGAGGAGAAUACUUGGGAAAGAGAAAAAGAUAUCGGAGCCUUCAAACCAUUAAUUGAAACAUAUCAUGCAUUGAUGGCACCGAGGACGUCACCAAAACAAAUGGUGGAGAAUGUCAAGGACCGCAACUUUACUUAG